AUGCCUAGGUCCUUCCUCGUGGAUUCUCUGAUUCUGCGGGAGGCCAAUGAGAAAGGGAACGAAAACACCCCGCCGUUAUUCCCGUACGCCGUGCACCCCUCGCACCCGCUGCACGGGCUCUCGGCGGGCUCGUGCCACUCGCGGAAGUCGGGCUUGCUGUGCUUCUGUCCCCUGUGCGUCACGGCGUCGCAGCUGCACCCGUCUCCUCCGGCCAUCCCUCUGCUCAAGGCCUCCUUCCCCACGUUCGGCUCGCAGUACUGCCACUCGGCCCUGGGCCGGCAGCACACGUCCUCGAGCGGGGUAAACCUCAACCACGGCCCGGGAAUCUACCAGACGGCGUACUCGGUGCCGGACCCGCGCCAGUUCCACUGCAUCUCCCUCGAGAGCAACGGCAACCAACUCCAGAGCAGCAAGCGCAUGCGCACAGCGUUCACGAGCACGCAGCUGCUGGAGCUCGAGCGCGAGUUCACCUCCAACAUGUACCUGUCCCGCCUGCGGAGGAUAGAGAUCGCCACGUACCUGAACCUGUCCGAGAAGCAGGUCAAGAUCUGGUUCCAGAACCGCAGAGUGAAGCACAAGAAGGAGGGCAAAGGCAGCGCGCACCGCGCGGGAGCGCACAGCUGUAAGUGCUCAUCCCUGUCCUCCGCGCGCUGCUCCGAGGAGGAGGACGACCUGCCGAUGUCUCCUUCGUCAUCGGUGAAGGAGGACGGGGAGCUGUCGGUGACCCCGUGAGCCUCUAGAGACUCGGUCCGCGAGCGAGACACCUCACCUGUGGAACUGACACCCGAAGGCAGCCAAAAACUCACCUGUACAGACUCCAGCCACCUGUGUAUAUAAAGAACGAAAUAUAUAAAGAGGGAAGUUUUCCAUCCCUAUAUUGCUUUAUAAAUCUGAAUACAUGUUGUAUGUUUGUAGUUUUUUUUUUUCCGAAAACGACCCAUUUAAAGCUCGAGUUGC